AUGCCGAUGGAAAAUGAAGAUACUCAUCACUCUCCCUCCGAGCCUGUAGUAGAGGAGAUUCAUCACUCUCCCACAGCUUAUGUAGAGUUUUUGAAAGAAAUCGACUUUACAGGAAUCAAUGAUGACAUUCCAACAAACAUAGAGUUUGAUUUUGGUGAUGAAGAUUUUGAUCCUUUUCUUGAUAUUCCCAGUAGCCGUGCAAAUAAAGUCAGUGAAGUUGCUUCUCUAGCAACCAAGACUAGAGAUGAAGGAAAUUCUCUCAAAGUUCUGCUAUCUACCUCAAAGCCCUUGGAAAUCACAACAAGCCAAGGAGAUGUGUCAUCAGAGAUUCCUCCCUCUGUGUCACCUGUCUCAACAUCAACUCCAGUCAUUUCUAUGUUAUCUGAACCUCAGACUUCUCAGACCUCCAUAAGAACAAGCCAAUCUCUUGAAAGUCUGGAGGUACCCUCUGUGAAAUGUGCUCCUCAAAUUAUUUCAACAAUCACUGCAACCACUACUCACUCUACUUCAAAGCAGACUGAUGAAGGUCCAAGCACCAUGUUCUGUAACAGCCUGGAAUUUCAGACUGGUGGAUCCUCUUCUAUUCCAGAAUAUUCUCCAACACGACCUUCCCUUGAUGAACCUUCUAUCAGAUUAGUAAAACAUCUAGCUCAAUCUAGUCCAACCUCUUCACGCGGAAAAGGAAUAUCAUUUAACGAGGGUCGGACAGAUGAUGACAAAUCUUCUUCAUCUGAUCUCCGAGAAGAAAUUGGAAUUCUCUGUCAAUAG